AUGGGAAACACUCGCUUCAUUCCGAUUCUUAUGGUGGCGGUUCUGUUGUCUAGUUUUAUGAUUUCAUUCUCUACUAAAGCAGCAACCAAUAUCAACACUGACCAGUUGGCUCUUCUUGCACUAAAAGCCCGAGUCAAUAGUGAUCCUCAAAACCUCCUGGCAACCAAUUGGUCAACUGUUACUUCUGUUUGCAAUUGGAUUGGUGUCGCUUGCGGUUCUCGGCACAAAAGAGUCACGGCUCUGAAUCUUGUUGGCAUGAAUCUCACCGGUACCAUACCACCACACCUGGGAAAUCUGUCGUUCCUUGCUAGGCUCCACAUUGGAAACAACAGUUUUCAUGGCUCAUUGCCUAUCGAAAUGGCUAAUUUGCGUCGGCUGAAAUUUUUAAGUUUGAAAAACAACAAUUUCAACGGGGAAAUCCCUUCCUGGUUUGGUUCCUUCAUAGAACUUCAGAACUUGUCUUUGAGUGGUAACAACUACAUGGGAGUUAUCCCAUCUUCUUUGUGUUCUUUGUUAAAACUAGAGCUCUUGAGCUUGUAUGAAAACAAUCUAUAUGGACAGAUUCCUGUGGCAAUCGGAAAUCUUUCUAGCCUGAGAUGGUUAUAUUUGCAGAAGAAUCAGUUUUCAGGCUUCAUACCUUCCUCGGUCUUCAACAUAUCUUCAUUGGUGAAUAUUGAUCUCAGUGACAACCAGCUAAUUGGUUCAAUACCCUCCGUCCAACUCAACAUUUCUUCUUUAGAAGGAAUUGAUUUAACAUUUAACAAUCUCACUGGUCAUAUCCCACCAAAUAUGUUUGAUUAUCUACCCAAACUAAAAGGGCUUUAUUUGAGUGGAAACCAGCUUUCUGGCAGAAUACCAAUUGGUUUAUUCAAGUGCCAAAAGCUAGAAUUAUUGUCCUUAUCUGUUAACUAUUUAGAGGGGAUUAUACCUGGAGAAAUAGGAAAUUUGACUAUGCUUAAGGAGUUGUAUCUUGGCAUCAACAACCUCAAAGGUAAAAUUCCACCACAGAUUGGUAAUCUUCUGAGUUUGGAGAUAUUAAGUCUUCCAAAGUGUCAACUAAUAGGGGCUAUUCCUUCCGUCAUUGGCAACCUAACAUCUUUGAAAGUUCUUCAUUUUUCCUUCAAUAUCUUGACCGGUAAUAUACCACUUCAAUUUGGCAACCUACCAAAAUUGGAAGAAUUGUAUUUGGCAUUUAAUAGUAUCUCUGGAAUCAUCCCUCCUCGCAUUUUUAAUAGCUCAAAUGUGAGAUUCAUUGUUCUAACAGUAAACCAGCUCUCAGGCUAUCUUCCAUCAAACACAGGUCUUUGGCUUCCGAAGCUUGAAAUCCUUGAACUUGCAGCAAAUGAAUUAAGUGGAUUGAUACCUGUCUCCAUUUCCAAUGCCUCUCGGCUUACUAUUCUUAACAUUGACGGCAACUCGUUUUCUGGAUAUAUUCCUAUUGACCUUGGCAAUUUAAGAGAUCUACAAAUUCUCGGGGGUAGGUCAGAAUAA